AUGGCGUGGAUUCUUUUUGCUGCAGUCUCUGUGCUAUCCGCUCUUGCCCCUGGGUCAUGUGACUCAGAGACGAACCCCUUUGUGAUUCGUGCUGGUACCAGUUUCAUUGGGCGAAACUAUUCCAGUGUCCUCACUGUGCAAAAUGGGGAACAGUUUGGAAACUGGACAUGGCCAGAGAUGUGUCCUGAAGGAUUCUACGCUGUGGGCUUCAGUCUGAGGGUAGAGCCUAAUCAGUAUGGUUUGGAUGACACUGCACUCAAUGGAAUCCGUCUGUACUGCUCCCAACCUGGAGACAGGAGCUUCCUGUACACUAUCGAGUCUCACACUGGAUAUUUUGGAGACUGGUCCGACCCCCAGUGGUGUCCCACCGGUGUCCUGACUUCCUUCCAGCUGCGUGUUGAGCCCCACCAGGGCAUUUUCGGUGAUGACACAGCAGCCAACAACAUCAAAUUCCGCUGCAGCAGCAACCCCACUCUGGAGGGUCCUGGCCUGGACUGGGGUGAAUAUGGGCACUGGAGCCAGGAGUGCUCCAACACAGGCAUCUGUGGCAUCGAGACCAAGAUGGAAACUUACCAGUAUGGGCUGGAUGACUCAUCGCUCAAUGAUGUACUCUUCCACUGCUGUGCCUAG